AUGGAAGCAACGUCACACGACCCCGAAGAAGCAGCGCAAUCCCUCCUCUCCUCCCACAACGCCAAACCCUCCCACCGAAAACACCAGCAACCUCAGCCAAACCGACGAAGCAUCACAACAACCUACACCCGCCUCGCCGUCCUCCUCCUUGCCUCUGUCCUCUUAGGCGCUACCCUCUCAGCCCUCAUAACAGCCAUCCUCACAACCCACCUCCGCACCCUCACAACCUCCCACAGAAACGACAACACCCUCGCCUCCUCCACCGACCCCUCCUCCCGCCCAGUAACCUACCUCCAAACCGCCCCCUGCGGCUCAACACCAACCCAAGCCCGCGCCGCAGGCUGUCAAUUCGACCUCAUAUCCUUCAACUGGCUCCCGCCCCAAUGCCACGACGCCGCCCUCGCAGAAACAUUUGAAGCGGAGCUCGUGGAGGCAGGACAGCUCGCCUGGUUCACAGACGCGAACCGCACGGCGCCGUCGUUGACGAGGGAGCAGAUUAUGACGGGGGAGUAUAGUGCCGUGUAUGUCAGCUUGGGGUACCAUCUUCGGCAUUGUACGGCCAUGUGGAGGCGGAUGCACCGUGCGUUGAUGCAGAGCCGUGGUGGCGAGGGAGGUGGAGGUGGGUUGGAGAGGGUUGAUAGUUAUAUUUGGGGUUAUCACCAUACUUUACACUGCGAGGAGGUACUGUUGAGGAGGUUUGGUGAGGUUGACGUGGGUGAGGUGUUUACGACGGAGGUGAGGAUCAAGUAUCCCGAUUGUGGCGUCGUUUUAGGGCCUGUAGAUUGA